AUGAACCAAGCAGUGAUGGACGACAUAGCGCGACUGAACGGGCUUAACGUUGAAAUGCCGGAUAACAUCUUCCCUAGAUUGCUAACUAUAUUGAUGCCGCUAGCAGAGGAGCGCUGCAUGCUCAUUACUGGGAUGCAAUCCGGGCAUCAGUCCGGGGCAAUGGCAGAUGUCAUAGGAGCCCUCGAGCAACUCUCUAUUGCAUACCAGCACCAUAAGAUACUAGAAUCGGGCGCAUCUGUAACGUCAGCCCACCUGGCUACGAAGACGUUUCGGAAGAGUGGCGCAAGCUUUUUAAUUGCGAUUGGUGGGGGUUCUGUGCUGAGCGUUGCAAAGUUUGUGGCAUCAAACCACGAGACUAGCAGCGUCAGGACACCGCUCAUACUAAUCCCCACGGGUCCUGGCUGUGGAGCCCUGUCCACCCGGCUCACAGUCUUGAUGGAUCAUCGCUGCAAGCAUUGCAUUAGUAUAAUUUGUACCCUAAGAGCAGAAACUGUUCUUUUAAGCACCACGUACUUUGAGACGCUGACACCGGCCAUGAGCAUCCCUGCAUUCUUGAUGGGUAUAGUGAAUGCAGCCGAGUAUCUACUGGCAGGAGGUGUUUCCCUUUAUCCUGAAUGUCAGCCGGUCUAUCUUCGUCUCCUCGUGCAUACAUACGAUGCUUGGCUCCUGGGGAUCAGACCCUACCUAAAAUCAUUCAACACUGAGUACUUAAAGAAGCGAGACUUUAUAUAUGCUCUUGCAGCGUGUGCAGUGGAGAUUGGCCUGCUACAAAACAAACUAGGCAUCGGGUUUUUGACAUACUUGGGAUCAGCAGUCUCCUAUAGGCAUGGGUCCAAUAUUGGGAAAUCGUCAGCUAUGUUCCUUGCGCCUCUUCUACGGAUAAGAGAAGAUUCGUUGGGCAAAGAAAUUCGCCAACUAUAUGAAUCUAUAGGGGUUGAGUCUGUAGACGGUUUGGGACAGGUCAUAAAGGAGAUUUGCAAGGCAGACGGAGAAGGCCUGCUUUGCUCAACUAGCGACAACGUAGACGACAUUGCUCUAUGUAUUGAUCACGUUCUUCCCACUCUCCCCUAUGCGCCCUUAAGUGAUCUCGAAAUAAGGCUGCUUCUAGAGGCAGGAUAUGACAAUACCCUUUCUCCAACAAUGCACACGAGCAUAGAGCGGUUAGAAACGUUAACGUUGUAA